CGCGUCAAAGUCACAACAAGGGGGCCGAGCGACCAAUGAGCUGCUGCGGGCUGCUGAGUUCUGGGGGCCCGGGGAGCUCCGAGAGCAAAAACGCCUAAGAGCGCCAGAACUUUCUCACUCGUCUUGUUUUCUCCUCAGUGAUCGAUCCAGCGACUUGAAGCACACUUUUGGAUUAUUUGUUGGAUUUUUAUGUUUUUGGGGUUUGGAAUAAAUCGGGGAGGGGGGACCUCCGAACAUAUGGAAUGAUUUGUCCGGGUAAGAAACGCUCGCCCACGGAGCAGAGAUUCCAGGGAUUAACUUUUUUAGUGGAAAACCAAAGUUCCGGUUUAUGACUCUGUUGUGAGUUCCAGCGCCCCCGCCGCUACCGCCACCAUGCCGCGGACCUUCCGCGGAUCCCUCCGCCCGCUGGCGUGCGUGCUCGCCCUGGCCGCGUGCUUGUCCGCGGCGACGCCGCCGCACGGCCGGAGGCUGAUCUGCUGGCAGGCCAUCAUGAACUGCCAGACGGAGCCGGAAUGCAACUACGCCUACGACCACUACCUCCGCGCCUGCGGGCCGGUGUUGAGCGGCGAGCGGAAGAAGUGCCCCAGCCACUGCAUCUCCUCCCUGGUGCAGCUCAACAUGACCCGCAACGGCCCCGCGCUGGAGGACUGCAGCUGCAGCCACGAUGCAGUGUGUACGCGCACCAAGCGGGCCAUCGAGCCCUGCCUGCCGCGGACCACCAGCACGGGCUGCACGGAGGCGCGGCGCCAGUGCGAGCGCGACCCGCAGUGCAGCUCCAGCAUGCGGGACUACUUGCACCACUGCGGGAAGCUCUUCAGCGGCGCCGUGUGCACCAACGCCUGCCGCGGCGUCAUCGCCAACAUGCGCCGCAUCCCUCGGGGGCAGCAGCUGGACGCCUGCCUGUGCGACGGCACAGAGAGGGCCAUCUGCGAGUACGUCAAAAGCAGCAUGAAGACGCUGUGCUUCGACACCCCGGAGCGGGAGGAGAGCAGCGGCUCUCACGAGGGCUUCGACCCGGGGGACGACGAGGACUACACGCACCCUGACUACAGGGAAGAGCCGGAGAGCGGAGCCUCUUUCCUGGAGGGCCACUUUGUUUUGACGCUGCUGGCAUCCAUGUUGGCCCUCAUUUAAGACUUUCAGGUUGAGUUCUUUUCUAUGCAAAUGUUAUCAAAAAAAAGCACACAAUAUUUUGUGUGAUGGGGUCUCAAACUUGUUUCUCUCUAUACAACUCCAUAUAUCAGUGUACUUGUGCCCCUUACACUUCAAUAUACGAUGCCGAGCUUCACUCCUACCAGACCAGGGGCCUCAUGUAAUAAGACUAAAAAUAGCAAAAUCCAGAAAACUAUGUACACAAGUAAAAAUUCAGAUGCAUUAAAGCGUGCAGAUGCACAAAUUUGCACUUUUCAGUCAUGAUACAACUCAUCUUUGCCGUGAAAAAGGGAGUACACGCCAGGUUUAUGUGCGUAAACGAGCUGGCCCCAGGGGUUUCCCACCGAUGAUCUUGAGUAGUCAAAGCAUGUUUUCUUAAACUAGUUUUACAACUGAUCUAUUCAAACAAAAAUCCUCUAUUUGAUGACAAGUUAGCACAACAUGACAUAAAGCAGGGGUGUCCAAAGUGCGAUCCAGGGGCCACUUUUUUUUUUUUUUUUUUUUUACUGGCCCC